AAGACUCAAGAAAGUGACGGAGAAAAAAGAGGUGUCAAGAAACUGUAAGUCUGUAACUAGUUCAAGUUUCAAGCACAAGAAAUAUUUACUGUGUAACCGUAGUAGGUACUAGUAAGCAUGCCAUCAGAAUCCGGCAAAGUCGUUUGUGUUACCGGUGCCGGUGGGUUCAUUGCCUCUUGGGUUGUUAAAAUCCUUCUUGAAAAAGGCUACACUGUCAGAGGAACCGUUAGGAAUCCUGAUGAUCCCAAAAAUAGUCACUUGAGGGAACUUGAAGGUGCAAAGGAAAGAUUAACUCUGUGCAGAAGUGAUCUUCUGGACUACCAGAGUUUGAAGGAAGCAAUCUAUGGCUGUGACGGAGUUUUCCACAUGGCUUCCCCUCUCACUGAUGAUCCAGAGCAAAUGAUGGAGCCAGCAGUAAUUGGGACGAAGAAUGUGAUAACAGCAGCAGCAGAAGCCAAGGUUCGAAGGGUUGUGUUCACUUCGACAAUAGGGGCGGUGUAUAUGGACCCUAACAGGGCCCCUGACAAAGUUGUCGACGAGUCUUGCUGGAGUGAUCUUGACUUCUGCAAGAAUACUAAGAAUUGGUACUGCUAUGGGAAGAUGAUGGCUGAAAAAACAGCAUGGGAUGAGGCAAGGGAAAAAGUAGACUUGGUGGUGAUCAAUCCAGUGUUGGUGCUUGGACCAUUGCUCCAACCAACAGUGAAUGCCAGCGUUCUUCACAUACUCAAGUACCUCACUGGUUCUGCAAAAACAUAUGCCAAUUCAACUCAGGCAUAUGUUCAUGUUAGGGAUGUUGCACUAGCCCACUUACUUCUCUACGAGACGACUUCUGCAUCUGGCCGCUACAUCUGUGCUGAGAGCGUGCUUCAUCGCGGUGAGGUGGUCGAAAUUCUUGCUAAAUUCUUCCCGGAGUAUCCUAUCCCCACCAAGUGCUCGGAUGAGACAAGACCUAGGGCAAAACCGUACAAAUUCACGAACCAAAAGCUGAAGGACUUGGGCUUGGAGUUUACACCUGUGAAACAGUGCUUAUAUGAGACGGUGAAGAGCCUGCAGGAGAAGGGCCACCUUCCAAUUCCUACUCAAACUGAUGAACCUAUUCGAAUUCAGCCUUAAUUAAUUAGCCUCUAAUACUCUUAAUUAUUUAGGGGCGAUUAUCAAUACUGAAAGUUGACCGUGGCUUUGCUCUUU